AUGCCCAGGAUGCUUCCAGUGCUGGCGAGGUGGGCCUUUGAGAGGGAUCCGCGUGGGCAGAGGCAAUCGCAGGCAGCCCCGCAGGCCCAGGCUGGGAAGCUCCGCUGCAGGAGCGCGGCACAGCCCCCGGCUGAGCAGUCCCGCCCACACCGGGCACCCGUCCCGGUGCCUCCUCGCCUUCGCGUCUGCAGCAUCCACCAGCCGCGCCGCCGCUACGAGCCCCGCGCAUCGGGCCGGGCGUCGGAGCCGGGCAGUCCUGGGGGCGCGGGGCCGUCCUGGGGGCGCGGGGCCGUCCUGGGGGCGCGGGGCCGUCCUGGGGGCGCGGGGCAGUCCUGGGGGCGCGGGGCCGUCCUGGGGGCGCGGGGCAGUCCUGGGGGCGCGGGGCCGUCCUGGGGGCGCGGGGCAGUCCUGGGGCGCGGGGCCGUCCUGGGGGCGCGGGGCCGUCCUGGGGGCGCGGGGCCGUCCUGGGGCGCGGGGCAGUCCUGGGGCGCGGGGCCGUCCUGGGGGCGCGGGGCCGUCCUGGGGGCGCGGGGCAGUCCUGGGGCGCGGGGCAGUCCUGGGGCGCGGGGCCGUCCUGGGGGCGCUGAGCUGCCGGGCAAGGCGGGAAAUGGCGGCCCCGGCUGGGACGGAACAGGGCCCCACUGGGCUCCGGGCGGGACUGUGGGGAACCAGGGUGCCGGGGGGGGGGCCCUCCAUGCCAACCCCGGGGUCCACGGAGGGCGGGCACCCGCACCCGGCCAAACGGGCAGGGCUCAGUGCCGCACCCACUGGGCCUCCGGCGUCCCGCGGCCUCCCCGGGGCCGGGCUCCUGGGGCAGCAUCGGGGCCUGAGGAGUUGGCCUGGGGCUGGUGCGGCUGGGCCUCCGCCUCCGCCUCCGCUUCCAGGUCUCACCUGAAGCGGAUGAGGACAAGGGGCUUGCUCCGUGAAGCUGGGAUCCGGGAGCUUAGACCGAGUGAGGCUCUGAUGCUUCCAUGCGUGGCAUUUGUGGCUGGCCUGGUGCUGAUGUCCAACAGGGAAAAGGGAGAGAAGGGACACCCUGAGAGGAUCCUGUGGCAGGUGUAUUUGGACCAGACCUGGAGGUGGCAUCUUUGCUUUCACCACGUCCUGUAAGCCUGAACCUCAUCCCUUGGCACGUGAAUGCUGCGGUCCCUACGGCAUGUCAUCACUUUUCAGUAACAUCUCUUCUAUGUAGCAGCUGGAGAUACAGAAGAAGCUGCCCGUCUCUGCCAUCAGUGUCCUCUGAGACAAGCCAUUAAACAUAUUUUGUUUAGGAAAAUUGAAGGAGAUGCAAACAUUUAUGCAUAAAACUAUAGAAAUUCAUCUACAUUUUAAUAUUGGUUGUAACUGAACAUGAAAAUAUGAAUAGAGCCUUAUUUAUUAUAAUUUUAAGAUAUGCCUCAAAUUGUCUUUAAUGAGUACUUGUUAUGUUUAUAAUAAAAACUAACCAGUGUUUUAUAAAGUGUACUAAUCUGUCUCCUGGUGAAGUCAGAGCAUGUGUAAUAUGCACUUUAUUAGACUUUUUCAUAUGUAAAUUAGGCAGGAAAUGCUAACCAUUCUUUGCAGUCUUCCAUUUGGUUAUCUUUGUAUAAAAAUAAUUUGCUGGAAAAUUGACAUAAAAGUGAAUACAUUUUAUAAACAAAUUUAUGUUUAAGAAUAAUAUAUAAAAUGUUUCUUAUGUGCUGAAAUCUCUAGAUUAUUGUGUAAAUAUUUAUGUUCAUUGGUUAGUUGCCUUAGAAGCUCAUGGGAAGGAACCAUACCUUUAAUUUGUAAUUCCA